AUGAGUAUAAUUUCGCGAUUCAGCGCUGACGAAAUCAAGGUCCUGGACUAGUUCGUAGAGCAGAUUCAUCAGAGGAAAAUUCUCAACGAGAUUCACAAGCUCAUUUUCAACAGAGCUCACUUUGCUAGAUUCAUCGCAGGCAACGGCUUCGAUGUAUCCAAGUCAAUCACUCACUUCCAGGAGUAUCUCCAGUGGAGAGUUCAGUCUAAAAUUGACAGUUUACUUGAUCUCGAAUUCACUUAAUACGAUAGGAUUAAAGAGUACUUCCCAAACGGUUUUCACGAAUGCGACAAGAAAGUAAGCACUCAAUCACUAUGCAAUGUUUAAUGUUCACAUUAGGGAAGACCAAUCUUCAUUCUGUAGUUUGGAGCUAUUAAGGUGAAGGAGCUAUUAGAGAGUGCCUCAGCAGAUGUCAUGAUUAAAUACAUCUUGAAGGAGAUAGAAAUGGCCUGGAGAUGGAAGUUUGAGGACUGUUAAUAAAACGUCAAUAAAGAAGGUGUCGAUCAGAUAUUAAUCAUAGUUGAUCUAAGGGGUCUCAAGCAUAAGGAUCUCACAAAUAAAUAAAUAAAUGUCGUAUUCAGAUCAUUGCUGAUUGAAUUACAGCACUUCUAUCCAGAGAUGCUGGACAGCUGUUUCAUUGUCAACUCGCCAAUGUUCUUCUAGGACUUUUAUGAUUUCGAGAUCAGACCACACAUUUCUGAGAAAACUCAAGCAAAGAUAUUCGUUACUGGAGAGUCAAGUCACACUGGAUUGCAAGAUAGAGUUUUACAAGAAAAACUACCUAAAAUUUAUGGUGGUUAAUGCGAAUGUGAAGCAACAUGUGUAUAUAGUGAUAAGGGGCCAUGGGCAGAAAUUGAAAAUAAAAUUAACUUCCAGAAUAGAUAUAUGACCGAGAUGGCAGGCAUGCUCGGAGGACCUGUAGAAGAGUUUAAGUUUUAAGACGAUGAGGACGAGUAGGUUGACCUGCUGAAUGAAGGCAAGCAGUUCAACGACUUGAAAAAUGUAGUUUUGCAAAUGGGCAAUUUCAAUAUUGAGGAUGAUAUCAACAAAAUCAGAAACAACACAUUGAUCUGUGGCACUGACGAUGAGCAGCAAGAAAUACUUAGAAAUAUGCUGUAGAGAAAUAUGAUCAACCUGCCUGGCUAGACUCCAAUGAAUACUCAAUAGGAUGAGGAAUGA